GUUAAACUCGUGUCCCCGACGAAAACGAGAAAAAACGCAUUCAGGUGGGAGGCUGUGCGCCACAAACUCCAAAGUUCUCAACCCAAAAGUGUAAUUCCCCCUGAAAAAAUAAACAAUAGUGAUAUAAUUCCAGCCCUCUGCAGAUGUAUUAAGCCCCCGUCACCCAAAUGUGCUUCAAUCAUUAACCAAAUCCCCAGAUGUUUCCAUGUGCAUAGUUCGUGGCGUAAAACAGUGUGAGACAAACGGGAAUUGGUCGUAAUGGCCGCAACCUGACCUUCGUCGUGUAGGAUUGAAGUUUUGUUUUCUCGUGGGACAGUUGUGCCUAGUGAAUAAAAUCCCCUGGAAUAAGCACCGGUGAACAGUCCCCGAUCACAUUGCCAUCGCCCCCAUCACCCAUUCCCAAUCGAUCGUGAAUAACGUGUGGGUGUUGCCAAGAGAGUUGAGAAAAUUCUGAACGGAAGAGAAGAAAAAAAAAGUGGUGUUGGAGUGCGUUUUUAGAUUUUGAAAAAAUAGUGCAAUGAGUGAUCACGACAGAAGCGAUGAAGAUCCGAUAAUGGAUUUGUGGUACAGCAAUUGGGAGCAGCAGUGUGUCGAGGCGGUUGAAUCCGAGCCCGAUUAUGAGAGUCAGUUGCACAAUGAAAAGGAAAUUUAUUCUCAACAGAUAUGGACGGGUUUCCAGACAACGGCUUCAGCCAUUGCACAGCUCUACAAAGAUCGCACACAGGGAGCAUCCCUCUGGUUACCAUUUCAAACAGCCGCUGGGACUGUCACUUCUCUCUACAAAGAUUCGUUGGAUGGCAUGCGGAGGUGCGGCGAAUUGGGAUUGGAAAUGGGGAGGCAAAAGAAGAGCAAAGAAAUCAUGAACUGGGCACGUAAGAAGAGGCGUAUGAUACGGCGGGAGGAUCUGUUGGCAUAUCUGGCUGGACAACCACCACCGCCAAGGCCUCACACACACAGGAGCUCACCAAAACCUCGUAUGAUGGUCUGCGGCUCACCACCCUCUCAGGGCCCAGCACCAAGCAUGGUGGUAUCGCCAACACCACCACCAGCCGAUCCAGAUUCAGAGUUACAUACUUUCAGAGAAGCCAUUGCCUUAUCCAGUACACCAAUGUCUCGACGUUCAGGAAGACAGUCUGAAUUAUCAGCAUUCAUAAGUAGUGAAUUUGCACGACACCAUAAAAGACCAGCCUCGCACGACGUCGAUAUGGGCUCCCCCACGCACAAGCGUUCGCGUUUCAUGUAACGAAUCGUGUCAUUGUUUUCACAAAGUAGAGGGAAAAUCGAGAAAAAAAAUAUACAAAAGAAGUCGUCCUGCGACCUGUCUUCUCGUGAUUCUGGUAUUUAAUGGAUUUAAUGGAGUGAAUCCACGAUUAUCCAAAACAAAAUUAUUACACAUCACGAGGAGAAUCUCGCCAACAACUUCUGCCUGAUUCUUUUAGCGUGUAACUAAUUAAAAUUAUAUAAAUCUGUAAUAAAACAAAAAAAAUACCAUAAAAUUGUAUCAAGAAGUCAGUUGCCAUUUAAUUUCGUAAGGGAUAUCGAGAGGGCAAUGUGUGAGGUCAUUUGAAUCAGGAUUUUUUCAUUGAACAGUGACACAUCAAUCGCUAUUAAACGCAUACAUAUGUAAACCCUGGAUGUGUGUAAAGUUAAUCUCGUAAUGAUAUUUAUACAUAUCUACAGGCACAUACUAGGGGCUGUUGAAUGUCGGAGACUCAACAAUUCAGUUUUUAAAAAUGUAUAAAUAAACUAAAUCAACACUUGUCUCAAACAGAUAUUCCACGUCCCCUAUAUGUUUAUGUACAUGUGUAAGUACGAAAUUGAAAAGAAUCUCGUGAAUUUUAUGACUAAAUAAUUCACGAUUGGUGAUUAUAAUAGUUCAACAUUGAAUUACUAUUUUACGUUGACUGCUUUGAGUUUGAAAAGUCGUGGACUAUUGGCAUAAGUUAUUUCAUAUGUUCAAGAUUAAUGCAUAUGUAUAAGAUCGAAGAAUUAUAGCAUAAAUGAUGAAGUUAUGAGUCCUGUGUCCUCCUUUUGAAAGCUGCGGACAUUUUUCUGAACAAUUAAUUACAAUUUCAAGUGCUUUCAUUUAUUUAAGUCAACGAAUUAUUUAUUAUUAGGAACUAGUAAAUGCAGUCUAAUGCUUAUAAGAAAAAGGGAGGAAAAACGUCGAAAUGAUUAGUCAAAGGAACAAAAGUAAUUUGUAAUUAUUAUUCGUCACUUUUUUUAAAAUUUGCACUGGACAUUGUUAACGUUUUUAUCAUCUGGGCCAAUGAACAAUCAAUCAUUUGUUUUCUCUAAUUCUUCGCUUUUAUACAAAUAUUAUGGAUCGUACUCUUAUGGCCUGAGAUAUUAAGAACCCAUGACGGUUUCCCCAUAAAACAAUCUCGGGAAGUUUUCACGAAAAUGCAUAUUCACGAGUGAUUAUUGUAAUGAUUCAAGAUUGAAUUAUUAUUGUACAUUAAAAUUGCAAAACGCACUGUGCCUCAUUUUGCUUAUUGUUUGGGUCUCAAGAUCGAUAAGAAAUGAGAUAAACUGUGAAUUAGUUAAUUGAAAAUUCCAGGCUGACUGACGCAGUUCGUAUUUUGCCUGGACUCUUGUUUUUGUGUAUUUUUUAUUAUAAUUUUUUCCCACCGGGGUUUGAAAGUAAAUUGAUACAUAAUGGAAACGCAGGCGAUACUUGGAAUUUAAGAAUCCUUCGUUAAUAUGUUCGUGUCACUUCAAGUAUCCCCUGCAUUUGAGUUAUUUCAUCGGCUGAGACCCAUUAAGUAUCCCCUAAAAACGGAAAAAAGUGAGAAAAAUCAUUGAAAAAUUGAAAAAAAAGUACACUUUUCCGAGAAAAUGUGAGUGUUGUUAUUCGAUUGUAAAUAUAGUGCUUACUAAUCAAAUAAUUUUCGAAAUGAAAAGUAAACUGAGAUACAUGAAAAUUAACAAUGACAAUUCAUUGUGAAGUUAGUUAACGAUUCAAGUAACUAAUUAGGCUAUUAUGGUAUACUAUUAAAUGAUAGAUCGUACAUAAUUAAUGGUAAUUCAUUGACUACUAUUUGAUAGCUUUAAUCGUAAUAUAUUUAUAAUGAAAAGGGAGAAACACGUUUUCUGAUGUUUACUGGGAAAAAUUGCGAGAACAUUCAUUUCUCGUUUAUGAUUCUAACAAUCACUCAGUACGUUUUGUUUUGUUUUUUUUAAUUACAAUGAAGUGGAUGAAAUACUGUUGGAAAAAAACUGAAAUCUCAUGGCCAAGUGAUGAGAGAUUUUUUGAAGAGUAAACUUUAAUUCGCGUUAGAGUGUAAUUACGAAAUUUCAGGUCUUGCUGAAAAUACGAUGGAUAAUUAAACCUAAAUUUUAUUUUUUAUGAAUUCUUCCAGAAAAUUAUAUUUUUUUAAUCGUAAAAUUCAAGGAAAUUCCGGUGAAACUCUGAUGUGACAAAGAUUUCCAAGCAUUGUACGUGAGAUUUCAGUCAAAAUUUUCUGACAGUGAAUUACUCGGUGGAUUAUGAAUAGAUUAUUUAUAAUAAUUGUUUUUAGUCGAACAUUUCAUGUCAGUGGCGCGAGAGAAAGUAUUCAAGAUAGAGUAUUCAAGAAAAUCUUUUUUCAUCGUCAAUAUCUUGAGACUGUCAGAAUGAAACUCAGUGAUUUUUAUUUUUAUUUUUAUUUUAAUGGUAUUUUUUCAGACUAGAAGAUAAGUCUUGAUUUAUCCAAAUUAUAUCGUCGGGUUAUAAGAUAUUGACGGUGUAAAAAGCUCUUUCAACUGAACCUUUCUCCAGGAAAUUAAUAUCCUUUAUAUUAUAUUUUCAGAAAUGAAAAAUUAUUUGAGUACUCGAAACCACAUAGUGGAUUCAUCGAAGAUGAAAAUUGUAUGAAAAUUUGUUUAAUCAUCUCAGAAAUUUUUAUUCUUCAAUGUUGGCACACUGAUGAGCAAAUUCAUUUGAAUACAAAAAACUGAAUUGUUGAAUUAGUUGUUUUAAUUCUCCCUGUAAUUACACGAGAAAUAAUUGGCAAAUGGAGUAUUUAGGAAAAAUUUUCCAGUGAGGAAUGAUGAGAAAGGAUGGAUACUGUGUAUUUUUAAAGACUUUGUUGGCGAUUUUUUUAUUAGAAAAAAAUAUAGUGAGUUUUUUUUAGAUUCAAAUUGAAUUUGUCUCUCUGUCCGCGAGCUUGCACGUGCAAUAAAGCAUGUGGGACUCGUUUUCCUACGGGUAUACAACCAAAUUCGUCUCUACAUUCACAAAAAGGAAGUGUAAUCUUUCGAUUACGUUUGAAUAUUGAAAAUAUUCCAACGAAUUCGAGUGAUUUUUCCUGUACUUUAAAUUAUUAUGUGUGAAUUUUUUUUAAAGAUCUUUCUCGUACUAAUUUCUGUGGAAAACCAUGUGAAAUAUUUUUUCGAAGGAUGUAGACACUUUCUGCGGAAAAUUUUUUAAUAGAAAAUUAUUCAAGUAGAAUGUACAUCAAAUCUUCGAGCAGUCAUCCUUUUCCGUCUUUAAAGAAUUUUCAUACGUGGUACAUCUUGAUUUGUCUCUCCAAUCCAACUACUUACACAUGAAAAUUUUCAGGGAAAAAAACUAGCGAAUACGACAGAAUUUUUUUUAUUUUUUGGUCAUGCCCAUUGACAAAUUGCGCAAUUUUAUUCAAAGUUCUUAAUGGAAAAUUGUAUGAUUGAAGAAACUGGCCAAACUUCAUCUUUCCAUACAAUUCAUUGAAUUGAAAUUUGUACAUGAGUUUCUCCAGGUUUUUUUUUCAUUCUUGACAAUUUUUUUUAUACAAAUACAUUGUACAGGAAAACAUAGACUUUUCAGCUGGCUGAGUUCUAGUGCUUUGUUUUUUCCGAAAACAUUAGAAGUCUCUAUCCCAUUCGCUAUUUUUUCCAGGAAUUAUUUUCGCACAAGUUUUACUUUUUAAGCCAAAUGUUGGAUUGAUACGAAAAAAAAAUGAAUGAAGCCACGAUGGUGCUGAUUAUUUUUGUUCUUCUCUAUCGCCUAGAAGAAAGUAUAUAUAUUUUUUCGCUACAAUAAACGAAGAAAGAAAAGUACUAAUGAAAAAUACAACUUAAAGAAGAAUUGAGAGAACGAAACGGUGAAGAGUGUCGACAUCGGAUUGUCCUGAAGGAUUGUGUGAGAUAAUUUGUAAAAUCACUUUGUAAAAUUUCUGUAAGAACAUAAAGAACGAAAAAAAGAUAAAACAAUGAAUUUUAUUUG